UUCCUCGCGCCCCCGGUUCCAGCGACGGGGACGUUCAGGCGCACGAGACUGGGCACCGUGUACGAGACUAUCAAGAUUUCGGAACAUAAGACAAAAUAUACUGAAUAGUAUAUAGCAUAACAUGGCAUCGACGUGUCCUAAAUGCAGUAAAACUGUAUAUUUUGCGGAGAAGGUGACGUCCCUGGGCAAGGACUGGCACCGCUUUUGCCUAAAGUGUGAGCGCUGUAGCAAAACCCUGACGGCAGGGGGCCACGCCGAGCACGAUGGAAAACCUUACUGCCACAAGCCCUGCUAUGCUGCCCUGUUUGGACCAAAAGGUGUCAACAUCGGGGGCGCUGGUUCCUAUGUCUAUGAUACCCCUGUGAGCUCUGGUCUCACCAGCCCUCCUUCAGAAAAUGCCCCCAAAUUGGGAGAAAGGAAGGUGUCGGCCGCCUCCAGAGGUCCCGUGAAAGCCGCAAGCAUUACCACAUUCUCCGGAGAGCCCUCCAUAUGCCCCAAGUGCAACAAGAAGGUUUAUUUUGCCGAGAAGGUGACGUCUCUGGGGCAGGACUGGCACCGACCCUGCCUGCGCUGCGAGAGGUGCAGCAAGACCCUGGCACCUGGAAGCCAUGCGGAGCAUGAUGGGCAGCCUUACUGUCACAAACCGUGCUAUGCCGUCCUCUUCGGACCUAAAGGGGUGAACACCGGUGGAGUGGGGAGCUACAUCUAUGAGAAGAUGCCCAGCACCGAAACACACCCCUGAAGCCCUGUCUGUAUACACCCACCUAACAGCAUCACACACCGCCAACACCAUCACCGUCACCCUUACUGUGACCCCCAAAGGCUUGGCUAUUGCUGUAUAUACAUAUUUACUGCUCCUGCUAACUACAACAGUCCUGCCCCAGUCCUCCUUGCACCCACCACCCUCUGCUGUGCUUCAUCCUAUUCUGCCCAUAUACAUCUGUCAUUCUGUAUCUACUGUCCUGCAGUGACCUCCACAGACACAGUAAUACCAUCAUCUGGACAUGGAGAGAUACUGCUUACUAGGACCAGUACUUAUAUAUUUGUAUUUUGACUUUUUUAAAUAUAUUUUUGUAUUUAUAUCAUUUCACCUUUCAGUACCGAGUAAGGUAAUAUGUUUUCUUUUAAACCUGAAUCGGUUGGAAAUCUGCCCACUCCUGUGCAUUAUAGUGCUUUGCAUGAGAUACGUGCUGCUAGGUUGUGCUGCUGGUGUAGGAACAAGACAGAGAUCAAGAGGAAACCACAGAAGAAGGUGCCACCACCGUACAGUGUGGGUAAAACCUAUUUUAUAAAGAAGAACUGGUUUAUUGCUCAACAUCUUUACAGCUUUGUUGACUAAUUGAAGUUCACAUGUAGUUACGGGUGUAAAGUAAAUGUUUUUCUGAUGUGUGCAGCGAGUCUGAGAAGGUAAAUUUGAAUGCAAUGUUUAUUCCUUCUUACCACCAAAAGGAUUAAGUUCAAGUAAUGUGGCAUCGGUGGGCUGGGCUAGAAAAGAAUGGUGUGUGCCAUAAAUCCAGGUGUGGGUUCAGUCACAAGAAUCACCUCAUGUUGCUGUUUUCAUCCAGUAUUAACCUACAAGCGGAAGCAUUUUUAGUAGUUUCUAGAAACAUGUGACCGAGGCGUAGACACUGUGGUGGUGAAUGUGGAUUAUUGUUAUUUAGACUCGUGUUUGUGUUUUAUUAGUUCACUUCAUAUGAAAAUCUGUAUCAAACGUGUCAUGCUUUUAACUUAAAUAAAGUU